GGCAGCGCUGUAGGAAUGGGACGGCCGUUCGAGGAGGCGUCCCCGCCGCCUUCAGCUUUCUCCCCGGCCCGGUAGGGCGCCUGGGCGAAGGGACCGAGAGAGGAAGGCGGGCUGUGGCGCUUCGCCCGCAAGCACGAGCAGAGCGCGUCGCGCCAGGCAGCAAGCAGCCGGAGCGCCGGCGCGCCUCCGCAGGCAGCCUGCCCGGCGGCGGUGGGGCGGGAGGAAGCCGCUGCAAGGCGGGGAAGGAAGGGAAGCGGGGAUGGCUCACGGCUAACCACAUCCGUGCCGGAUCGGCCCCGGAACGCUGGCGCUUCUUUCGUCGGCUCGCCUGCCCUUCCCCUCCAUUUUGAAGGCGCUGCGGCGGCGGGGCCAGGCGGCUUGCCCGGCAGGAGCGCGCCCCGAUGGCCUUCAGCUCGUCGUGGCAGAUCUUGUCUCCCGUGCAGUGGGCCAAGUGGACGUGGUCGGCGGUGCGCGGUGGAGGGGGGCCCGACCAGGAUGCCAUUGCCGGGGGAGACGGAGAGCUUCGAGCGGCGCCGGGGCUGGAGGACGACGAGGAGGACGCGCGGGCGGAGACGAAGUCGCUGAGCCUCAGUUCGGAUUCGGAAGGCAAUUUUGAGACCCCUGAGGCAGAGACCCCAAUACGCUCGCCAGGAAAGGAGCUCGUUGACCUGUUCGAGCCUGAGGCUGAGUCCCAAGCGUCUCAUGAAGGCAACGUGGAAUUAGUAGCUAAAGUUUUGGAGAAGAGCUUGCAGCAGAAAGGCUCGGCUUCCGCAGAGGAUGACUUGCAGGCAGAUGGUGGAGCCCCAAAAGCAUCAGUACCUGAUCUUGGACUUGUCAGGGGUUCAUCCAUGACUCCCUGUGCGCCAGCAACAGAGCUGUCUACAGAACAACCUGCAGCUGUUGCAGAGGAAAGGGCUUCUCUGGAAAAAUCAGAUUUAAACCAAACUUUAGCAAGCGCUGUGCUGCCCGUUACUCAUGAGGAACAACGGAGGAAACCCCUAGAUGAUGCAGAGAUCACGGCUGAAGGGUAUGCCGGAACCAAGCUGAGUGGGGAAGCGCUGGUUGUGAACAAGAGCAAGCUCCCAAGGGCAAAACCUUUUUCCCUCCAGAAAAAAAUGGGAGGGGAGAAGGCUGAAAAUGAAACGGCCACAGAGGACAUCCUGGUGCCCAAAGUUUCCUACCAUUUUGACCCAGAGGCAUACAAUGAAAACAUGAACCCGUUUGUAAUGGGAGGCUCCAAGCUGCAAAACUCUCCGCCUGCAUCUCAGCAAAGCUUUGUUCUUCCAAAGGGCGAUGCGAAGGAGUCCAAUUUGGGGACAGUUAGGGAGUCUGAGGGCCGAGCAGUGAGACUAGAAUUUGAUUUUGAAGAAGGAGAAGAGAAUGUGGAGACCAAGAAAGCCCCUCUGAGGAAAACUGGCAGAAAGCCAGCCAGCAAAUUAUCUCCUAAGAGGCAAAGAGGUGGUACCACUCGACCUGUGGUGAGCAACGAGCAGGUAGCAAAAGUGCCUGCAGCUGACAUAUCUGUGGUGCCGCUUCCUAAGGUCUCCCACCAGGUGGACAACAGCCAGUGGGACGAUCCUAACAUCAAUCCCUUUGCGGGCAGCUCAGCUUUGCAGAACUCACCAACUUUGCAAAAGGGUUCAUAUGAUUUUGAGACGGCGAACCCUUUCAAGCCCUCAGCUGGUGCUGGAGGAGACUCCUGCCCCACUGCAGAGAACAGUCUCAAUGAGAUUUUGGAGUCACAAGUGCUGGAGAUCCAGGGAGGUGAACUGAAGAAAGGCUCAGCUUCGCCAAAGAAGGCCCAAUCACGGUUGAUAACGAGUGGCUGCAAGGUGAAGAAGUAUGAAACACAGUCUCUGGUUCUAGAUGUUUGCACUAAGGAUGAAGAAGAUGAAGCGCUCGUAUCCCAUAUUCCUGACCUUGCUAAUCGGGAUGGACAUGCCACUGAUGAAGAGAAGCUAGCUUCCACGUCCUCCAGCCAGAAGCCAGAUGAGUCGGAGGUGAAAGGUGAGCCCGAGGAAGACCUGGAGUACUUUGAGUGUUCCAAUGUUCCUGUGUCUGCCAUAAAUCAUACGUUUUCAUCCUCAGGAGAAGGUUUCAGUAAGGAUCCAUCCUGCAACCUGAAAGAGAGCAGUGAUCCCAGCAACGUCUUGGGCAAUCCUGAGCCAUGUUCUGUGGAGAAGGCCUCAGGAGUUCUGGCAGCUGGCACAAGGGGAAGUGCCGAAAGCCCUUUGGAUGCCAUUUGCCUCAAUGAAUCUGACAAGAUGGCAGUUCUAACACUGAUCAGAGAGGAGAUAAUCUCUAAAGAGAUUGAAGCAAAUGAAUGGAAGCAAAAAUAUGAAGGAAGUCGGCAAGAGGUUUUGGAAAUGAGGAAGAUAGUGGCUGAAUAUGAGAAGACCAUUGCCCAGAUGAUAGAAGAUGAACAGAGGACAAACAUGGCAUCCCAGAAGAGUCUCCAGCAGCUUACAAUGGAGAAGGAACAGGCAUUGUCUGACCUGAAUUCAGUGGAGAGGUCCCUAUCCGACCUGUUCAGGAGAUAUGAAAACUUGAAGGGUGUCCUGGAAGGCUUCAAGAAGAAUGAAGAAGCCUUGAAAAAGUGUGCUCAGGACUACCUAAACCGGGUCAAGCAGGAGGAGCAGCGCUACCAAGCUUUGAAAAUCCAUGCAGAAGAGAAGUUAGACAAAGCCAAUGAAGAAAUUGCUCAGGUGCGUGCCAAGGCUAAAGCUGAGAGUGCCGCUCUUCAUGCCAGCCUCCGAAAAGAACAAAUGAAGGUGGAUUCUCUGGAUAGAGCCCUGCAGCAAAAGAACCAGGAAAUUGAAGAACUGACCAAGAUUUGUGAUGAGCUGAUUGCCAAGCUAGGAAAGACUGACUGAUCCAUACGCUGUGGUCUAGAGCCCCAUGCUUGACUGCUUCCUUUUCGUCUGUCUGCAUCUUCAAGCAAGCACCUUGCCUUAUUUCCCAGAAAUAAUCUUUCCCUGCAGCAGAAAGAAAAGCACACAUAACACCCAGCUUCCAAAUUGAGCAGUUGCCAUCUGCAAGAUCCAGAGGCCUUGAUCUAUAUUCACUUUCAGCAUUUCGCUGGUUUGUAUCUCCGUACAUUUCUGCUGCUAACUUUUAGCUGGCACCCCCAGUUCCUUGAAUGUGCCCAACUUGGUAUAGGCAAGGUAUGUGUUAGAGAUGUAUUAUUUGUUACUAUGUGUGGGAACAGCCACUCAGCUCUGAAAAUUAGGGUAGGGAUCCAGCCCACAGAAGGUACUGGAUUGCUGCCUCAAGAACAGUUGCCUAAUGAAAAGGGGCAUUGUUGAUCAAGUCUGCAGUUUUGGUUGAUGGGAUAGACCAGUAUCAGGUGCAGCUUACCGCAGUAUGUGCCACAUUAUUUGCAGCUGGAAAUUAGUGUGAGAAAGAUGCAAGUGGAAAAUCUAUAUCUGAGGGCAUGAGAAAUGAGGACAGCUCAAAUGCAACAGUUUCAACUCACAGGAUGAAGCUCAGAUUGGUUUCCAUGGGUGGAUAGCACGUGAGAUCCAAGUCAAAGUUUGUUAGCUCCUAGGAGAACAAGUCUUUGUGGGUCAUGACCCAGCAACCAGGAAAAGAAGUGCCUGAUUGUCUGCUAGUGCACUUUAGUGCCAUAGCAUGAGGAAUGAGACCUCUCUGAAAGAGCACACAUUUUAGAUUGCACAUGGAAUGCAGGGCCUUUCCAGGUAGAGAGCAGCCAUUAGAAGUUCAAAAUUAUGCAAUGAAAAUUCUGUUCUUGGUUAAACCAGGGUUUCCAAGAUAUAUCUCUGGUAAGUGAGCAAAGGACUGGAUGCCUGGUUUCUGCUUUCAUAUAUCUGACAUCCUCAAAACCAUCCUCUGCUUACAUAUAUCUGCCAUUCUCAAGGUUCCCAGGGGACCUUAAAUAAUUUAAAACCUAAAAUGUAACACACACACACACCCCGGAUAAGUAGGUUGAUGUCUAAUUCCUUGGGGAGUUUGUGCUCCUGUUGAAAUUGUGUAAAGUGAAGUCGAGGACUUCUAAGAUGUACUUGUCAGCCCAUACAGGGGCAUCAAUUAGACAUCUGUGUGUCUGCAUUCAUCCUAGAGUCUGUUUUUGCCCCUUUGGUUAGUCUGGUGCAGAAUUAUGCAAGCACUUUGAAUAUCCCUACAAGGAAAUUUCCUGUUGUUGUUUGUUUUUGUGCCAUGCUUGCAUUGAAGUCUAAUGUGGUCCAACUGUAGUCAGAUUUCUUUCUUUUAACCUGGGAUGCCUCCCUGCCUUGUAGAGACAUGACUUGUCUUAGUCAGGUGAAGCUGAUACUUCAAAGCUAUGGGCUGUGCUACAUGUGAUGGGUAUUUUCUGGAUGUUCCAUCUUCUGUGAUUCUGCAGUGCCUAAAUUUUACAUGCAACUGUCUUUACAAUUUGGGUUCCUGAGAACCUCAGACAGGCUCCAUCUCCCAAAGCUGCCAGUGUUGUGGACAUAAUCUCCAGGCACAUUCUGAAGGCUCAGUGUGAGCCAACGGUGAUGAGCCAUAGUUUCCACAUCACCCAUGUGUAAUAGCAGGCAGUUAUCAGCUGGAGAAGAGAGUGCCUCUCAGUUACUGGAGGACUAACUCCAUUGCUUCUGAGGUUAGAGAGGCUAUCUUUCUAGAUGAAAGGCUUGGUUUUAAAAGCAAGCUUGCUUGGAAUCUCUCUCAUUCCUAACAAGGCUGCGUAUAUUCCGGUUGCACUCUGCUUUCUGCUUUUCUCAUUCUACUGCUUGUUGUCAACAAAUUGCUGUUGUGGAACAGAGACUAGCCACAGUCCAAUUUCCUUACCAGGCCAGUCAGCAUACAUGUGCAAUUGAAUGAAUAAAUGAAUUAGGAAUAGCAGGGGAAAGAAGGACCUCCAGAGUCUCUUGCUUGUCAGCAAGUGGAACUGAAUAUGUUUGGAGACAUCACUCCAUCCUUCAGCCCAGAUAGGACAUUCAGAUACUAUCUGGCUGUAUAGGAGGCUUGGGACCACCAGAUACUCAGUUCCUUUUUGAGGAUCUGAAGGGGCAGUCUUACUCUCAAAUAAUGGGCCUAACUGCAUGAUACAUUUUUCCUGGAUAUGUCCCCUAGUUGGGGGCUCUCUGCUUGUCCCAGGCAUAUAGGUAGGUCCCUGGUUUGUGCAGAGAGAAGGAACUGAGACCUCCCCCCUGCCCUCACCAUUUUCCAUGGCCCCAGGAAGCCAUCAUUUGCUGUGUUGGGAAGUUGAUGUGUAGCCAUGUGCAACUCCCAACAGGGCAAAUAAAUGCUCCCAGGAGCUGUUUUAGGUCAAGAAAAUGGUAUUGGGGUGGCAGUAUGUAUAAGCUUUCUGUCCAUGCUUCACAAUUCCAGUCUGAAUCGGACUCCUGUGUGCCUGGGAGAAACAGAGCUCACAGAACAUAUCUGAUCUGAAUCAGAGAUGUACCCAGGAAAAACAAAGCAUGUCGGUGAGACUCUAAGGGUUUACUUAUGCCCCAGAUUACUGAAGGAGGAGCUAGACUCCCUCUUUAAGCUUGAGUUCUGAAGCAGUAUAUUGAAUCUCAAAAUUUCUGAUAAGGUUUUUUUUAAUUAAGAGCAGGACCUAUGGAGAAGGAACAGUUAGAUCCAAAUUAGAUGUUACAUCUGGCCUGAUCCCCACAUGCAGUAUUCAGUGCAGGUGGAGCCCUGCAGUGGAGCAAACUGGGAUUUCCAAGGUUGCUUCAGCUCUGGAAAAUGAUGUGGGGAGGAAGGUGAAGCCCAUCCUCCCUCAGCACUGCAGUCCCAAGCCAAAUCAGCUCCUGGUGCACUUGGGAACUAAGGUUCUCCGAUAUUACAUGAUUGCUGUUCAAAGAACAGCGUUGGUUUGGUGGAACCCUGACUCAUGCCAUACAUAAUGUCUAUUUUGUAUUUUAGUGUUUGAAAGGAGCUCUGUUGCUAAGCUUGUGGUUAUAAAAAAAAAUAUUCCCAUCACUUACGAAAUCACAAUCCUUGCCAUCUGGAAAUAUGAUGUUGAUCACUUUUGCAGGUUACAAAUAAAAACCCUUUAGGCACUUCCCCUCCUCCUCUGCCAAAGCCUCACGGUUUGAUAGCAUCUCUCACUUUUUCUCUGGGUUCUAAUGGUUGCACUUUUGUUUGUUGUUUGUGUGCACGCACUGUGCCGAAUACUCUCGUGUUGUGUGCCUCUCAAGCAUGCCACUUUAAAUGUGGGCGAACAAGAUUCCUAAGGAAUUACAUUAUUAACUAUAAUAUGGUUAUUAUAGUUUGGGCAGAUAUUUUAAAAUGUAUAUAGAUAGAUAUAGAUAAUGGCUAAAGUUCUAUACCAUGGAUGGUGUGUGUGAUUUAAAUUUGUGGAACUGUUGCACCUCAUACACUCUUGUAUAGCAAGAAGGAAGGUAUGCCAUCUGAACUGACCACUGGUUCUACCCCUGUGAUCUCAUCCUUACAGGAACAUAGCUUCUGCCCAUCUUUAAUGUUUGCAGGAGGAUUUGAAAGAUGGCUGCUGGACCUGAUAGCAGGCAAUACGUAGGCUUAGCAAGAAUGUAUCUGCACCAGCACUUAACUUGAUUGCAUGGUGGUUUCAUUGCAUAGCUGCCCCUGAGUGAUUAGUGUCAGGGCUCCAAACAUAAGUGGAGCUGCAGGGUCUAUGCAGCAGACAGGCACACUUUUGUUGUCGUCAUGUUUUUGGCACCUGCUCACCUGCAGAAAUGGUUUUGGCACUGGGAUGACCUGCGUUACCCAGUCUGUUUUUUGAGCUACCAAGUACUUUGUCACUGUUCCUGCCACUUUAGGUCCGGUGGCAGCAGAAGCAGUGUGCAGACUCAAAAGUAUUCUCAUAUUAUAAGAGGUAUAGGCUUAUGAUUCCCUUCCUGAUGGGCAAAUCAGUGCUUAUGUUAAGAUAAACAGGUGCCCUGAAUUCAAAAUCCAGAAAAUAAAACACAAUGAUACACCAAGUCUUGGCCAGAAUAAAAAAAAUCCUGACCUGAUGAGAAAAAAAGAUUCUGAUCUGGAUUAUUUCCAAACCUGAACAGAGGGGGUUUGCUGUUCUCUGGUUCCAAGCAUCUCUCUCUGUCUCUCCCACUUCCUGCAAUGAAAUCUAAGCAGCCUUUUGCACAAAGGAUUUUGCCUGUAAACCCACCACUCUUGCUUUCUGCCAGUGUACUGUCUGCAAUAAAGUCCCCAAGAAUUAUUAACAUUACUGUUUACUGUUCUCUGACAUCCAAGACAAGAAACUCCUGCAGUUUGGGUCAGUUUGUACAGUGGGUGUAAGUAACUUGCUGCAUUCACACAUUUGAUAUGUAUGAUUAUUUCCCUUUUCUAUGUCAAGUAAAUAUUUGUAAGAGUUAUACUCACACAAAUCGGAUUAUUAUAAUGAUUACUAAUAUAUUUUUUCCAUGUUCCAUUGCCUGAAUAAAAAUAACGAGUUUCCAACUUG